UGAUGAACUGCACCAGUGAACAAGUUUCAUUUUGUGUCGUAUGACAAGCUCUACCUCAAGAAUUAUUUAGUUAUGGAAGUUCACCCCAAAAGCUGGCUCUGGGAAGGCUUCUCUGUAAAACUCGAUGGGAUUACCAAUGUCUACGGAAGUACUAAGCUUUUUAACUGCAAUCGUAAAGCAGAAGAAGUCUUAGUUGCAGCAACAGACUCCAAUGAAAAAGCUCUCGAAAAUUGCUUUCGAAUUGUUCGUUUUGAUAGGGCAGAUAAUCUUCGUGGAACUGCUCCCACUGUAGAACUUCCAGGUCUAACCGAGUUCCAGAGUUCUUUCACCGUCCUCGCUGUCCACUCUAUUCCUAAGAAAGAUGUGAAUCUAAUAUGUGUCAUAUUCAUCAACCAGGUUGAGGAGGACCCUGAAAAUGAGAGUUUAGACCAGAAGUGCUGCAUAAAUAUUUACUCCGCUCCGAGUGUGGACGAUGCCGCCUCGACACCUGUAGAUUAUGUUGAACAAGUAGUGACUUUCAACCCAACCAACGUAACCGAUGCCUUUUUAGGCACUCCCGAGGACGAUCAAAAUGUGUUUCUAAUUCCGUGCGAAAAUUCAGACGUUCACAUUUUCCGAAAUUGCUCAACAGAUCAGCUCUUCAAGUUUAGCGAGCUUUCGCACGACGAGUCUCAGAAGUUAUUCCCAGAAUUCCAAUUUGACCGCCGUUUUUUGGAACAAGUUGAUCAGCCGCUACCACUUAUUAUGUGGCUGGAUGUGAUGUACGUACCCUUUGCUGAGCAUAAAAGGCUGUCUGCCAUUGCAUGGGAGAAUGGAAAUAUUCAGCUAGCCCUUACGAGUAUAACCACUUCCCAAGAAAACACAACUGAAUCACCACCUAUUGCAGUGGAGCUCUUGUUUGCGAAAGUUAUUUGCUUCGACGGUCCUGUUACUCAGUUACGAUUCUUCACCAGCAAAGCAGUAGAUCUAGGCAAUACCGAGAUCAACUUGGUUGUCUGUACUGCAUUAGAGUUUGUGUACGUGUAUCACGACGUGGUUAACAGCAGCUUUUCGAAAGUGGUGCCCUUUGAUGACUCAAGUAUCGAGGCCGACUGUGUUCUGUGCUGUGCAGUAUAUGACAUAGACAUGGACUGUCAAAAUGAGAUAGUCAUCGGAACAUUCUAUCAACAGAUUGCAGCAUUCAAAUUUUCGCCCGUUAAGAAUAUCUAUGAGCUGAUGUGGGAGCGCAAGUAUCCUGGGCCAGUUAGAGCCUUAGAGGUCGUUGACCUCUCAAAUGACGGUGUGCACGACCUGAUAGUAGUAACUAACAAUUCAGUUCACAUCAUGCAACACAACAUAGCCUAUAUUGCCCAGAUAUGCAAGCAGAAUUUACUCGCUUUCGUGAAGAGAUUAGAAACUGGCGGAGAAACAACUCCUCCUCCCGUGGGAGGAUUGAACAAAGGAGAAGAUGAUAGUCUGAAUGCGACGGCAUAUCUACACAAGGAGGCUUCAAAUUGAUAUUUUAAUUUUGUUUUAUACUGGUUCUAAUUCGCAAUCUUUACUAGACACCCCCACUUACAUUUUUUAUCCUAAUGGUCAAAUCUGACCAGUGUAAUUGGUGUCUAUAAAGGAUGACCGAUGUGGAAUAUUUAUAUGCAGUUGACUUUGCGAAACCUCUCAAAAUAAAGGCCAAUAAGUGGGUUGAAAUUUGGAGUGAAUUGAUCCAGUAUGGAUGAAUAAUUUAGGGUUAUCGAGAGAUUUAUCGCUUUUACGCUUAGUUAUUUAUGUAUGCAGAUUUGAAAUGAUAAACUUGAAUUGAUAGAAAGAAAGUUAGAAGUGGUUUUCCAUUCCAACCAUUACCCAAUAUGGUAAAAUUUGUGGUUUGAUAUAUAUUUAUAUAUGGUACCCACGAGAGGUCUAAAUGGUCUGAUGAGCUAGUUGCCAACUACUAAUUUAGAGUAUCUGUUUUUCUUUGUAA